UACGCGUAUUUUAUCAAGUGAGCCCUGUGUAUUGAUAGUUAGCUGAACUCCUAUAAAAGAUCAUGCUCUGCUACUUGACUCUUGUCAGUUAAAAUGAAGUAAACGGGUAGUGCCGUUAUUACAAAAAAACUAGAAAAGAAAAGGUCUUAAUAAUGAAUGAUCAUGAGCGUCCUCAUAGUUGCCACAUGGACAUAUAUAGAAUCAUAAUCUGGAAUUUAUACUUUCUUUGCAUAUAAUUUGGAAAGGCAGGAGUGGAGAUCAUCAUAAAGUUCAAAGAAAAUGACAGGUUAUAAGCUAGCUAGUCAAAAGUAUCUCCAAAUUUCGCAUAUAUACUCGUCCAUUUUGAGCUCCAAUAUCUACUGCUACAGCUAAUAGGAUGUAAAAGCUGGCUACUCCAUAAAAUAUGGUAUUAAUACACAUGCACGGUCCUUCAGGCCUUGACUGGCCUCUAUAAACGUAGAAUGAAUUUGAGCAUUAAAAAUGGAGAUAUGCUAUUUGAAGUAGGUUGAGUCCACCUAAAAACCAUUAAAUGGAUAGUCCAUGAUGCAGAACAAGUGCAUAUUGCUUUAUGAGUUGGAAUCAUCAUCGAAAAUGUUGUACUGUUUAAUUAGAGAGUUAAACAGUGCAGUACAGGAAAUGGUUCCCAAAUUGAAUGGUCUGGAGGAGCAUAUAUCCACUUCUUUUCUUUUUGUAACUUGUUUAAUGUCCAUCUGUUUUUGUAUUGGGGAUUUGACGUAAUGUUCUUACUCUUUCAGGUUUCACACAUUGUAGGAAUGAGCGUUGCUCACUGAGUUCAAAGAAGUAUUAGAUGCCGUGCACAGUGAGAGAGAGGAAGAACUGUACUUUCCUGGCACCUAGCUCCACUAGAAAAGAUGCGUAUAUAUGUUGGCUACAUGUCGUAAUAUAAUUCAUGAAAAAAGGAUUGCAUCACAUGGCGGAAUUCACCCUAUUGUAAAGCCAAUUAGAAAGAAGAUACAGGAAACUCUCGUGGGUCAAUGUUUGAUUAGUGGUGGAGGAAGUAUAUAAUUGUUCAAUCGAUAGAGCAGGGAAAGGAUGAUUCUGCAGUAAUUAAUUACAAUUUUUUUCGAAAUCGGGAUCCGUCAAAAGGAAGCUAAAAGUUGGUUUCUUAAAUGUUUAAUUUGUAGUAGAAGAGAAUAUAUGUGUAUGUUAAACUAUGUCAAAGUUGGUUUCUUAAAGCAUUGAUGUGAUCAGAAAAAUUCAAAAGCAUUUUUCUAAAGAAUAUUUAAUCUUGCUUUGUUCCCACUUAUUCCAGGACCUUGUCUUUUAAGGACCCGCUGAUGUCUCUGGCUCAGCUAGCUAGCUAGCUAGCUGUAUAGUUAGCUUAACUGAGCAUAUAUAAGAGAAGUAGUUGACAGAAGAGACCACAUUGGGCUCUAAUAUUGAUGUACGAAGUUGAACUGAAGCUAAUUGAAGAUGAAGAGUUGUGACAAGUGGAGCCCUAUUAUUGCGAUGGUAGCCAUUGAUUUUGGCUUUGCCAUAGUAAACUUACUUCUCAAGAGGAUCGUUGACAGUGGAAUGGACCAUUUGGUCUUCAUCACCUACAGGCAGUGUAUUGCAACCAUCCUUUUAGCUCCAAUUGCCUACCUUUCCGAAAGGAACAGGAGACCCAAGCUGACAUUUGUUAUCUUAUGUCACCUUUUCUUGAGUGCAAUUGUCGGGGCAUCUCUCACACAGUACUUCUUCCUUCUUGGAAUUCAAUACACGUCUGCUACUUUCUCGUGUGCUUUCAUCAACAUGGUGCCGGUAAUCACGUUUCUGAUGGCCCUACCGUUUCGGCUGGAGAAUGUGAACAUCAAAGGCAGUACUGGUGGGAGAGCCAAAGCGGUUGGUGCACUAGUGUGCCUUGGAGGUGCCAUGAUACUAACCCUCUAUAAAGGGAGUCCUUUAUUUAACUAUUCACGACCGGGACCUGCAACUCACAUCGUAGAUCAAGCUUUGAAGCUAAGCUCAGGUAAAAGGAAAGAGAGAUGGACCUUAGGUUCAAUGGCCAUGAUCUCCGGUACCCUGUUGUGGUCUUCAUGGUUCCUUCUUCAAUCUUAUAUUACCAAGAGCUACCCAUGUCAGUAUUCUAGCACUGCCAUCAUGUCUUUGUUUGCUGCAAUUCAAUCGGCUGCCUUAGCUGUUUCCAUGGACAGAAACUUUUCCAUGUGGGCUCUCAAGGGAAAAGAGGAAAUCUUAACUGUCAUGUAUGCUGGGAUAGUAGGAUCUGGAAUGUGCUAUGUGGGGAUGUCAUGGUGUGUGAAGAAAAGGGGUCCCCUUUUCACUGCAGCAUUCAGCCCCCUUAUUCAGAUAAUAGCAGCCAUGUUGGACAUUCCCUUCCUACAUGAGCAGCUUCACCUUGGGAGCUUGCUGGGAUCAAUAACUGUAAUUGCCGGAUUAUACAUCCUCCUGUGGGGAAAGAACAAAGAAAUGCAAAAUUGUGUAGCCAAAGUAUCCCAGGGAACUGAAGAGAUUAAGGACCAAGAGCCAUCUUCACAAGUCGAUAUAUUGUAGUUUACUGUGACUCUCGGCACUCUUGACUCGUGUCUUCCGCUCAAAACCGCUAGACACACUAAACGUUGCUGUGUGAAUCAUAUUUUGUCUUUCACGCUCAGUUGUAAACGUUGCUGUGUGAUACAUAUUUUUGGAAGAUUUGAAAGAGUCAUGGUUGUAACGUUUGAAACAUGUGCUAAAUGAACUCUGUAUGUUUGUGUUA